AUGCAAACUGAAGAUGAAUCUCAAGAUGAAGUUGCUGCGACCAAAGAACGCCCUAUGAGUCCUGAGAAAAUCUCAUAUGCUGCCAUGGCUGCCGGUGGAUCAACUAUGAACAAAAAUCCCCCCGUCAAGAUGCCUGAAGAAGAAAUAGUUUUCCAAGAAGGAGAUGUCACCAUGGACAAUUCUGGAGAUUAUCCUAAAAUAAGCUUCUCUAAGCGAAUUCAUGACUUGAUUGAACGAAACAUGAAGCAACCGAUAGGCAAUUUCAAUUUGAUAGAUCUUGAUAACAACUACUACUUAGUGAAAUUUGAAAAUCUUGAGGAUUAUACGAGAGUUCUCACUGAUGGUGCUUGGAUGAUUUAUGGAAGUUACCUGACAGUUCAACCAUGGUCGAGGAACUUUACCACAUCUGAAAAACAUCCUUCACAAGUCAAUUCUUGGCUGCGCCUACCUGAUCUACCUUACAGGUAUUACAAUACUGUGCUAAUUAGGACAAUUCCGAAUACGAUUGGAAGAGUCGUCAAAAUUGAUUACAAUACCAAAGUUGGAGAGAGGGGAAAAUUUGCUAGAAUUGCAGUAGUAAUUGAUCUGAAUAAGCCUCUUACUCCAUGCAUGGGAAUUGGCGAUUUUAUCCAAAAGAUUGAAUAUGAAGGUCUGCAACAAAUCUGCUUCAAAUGUGGUACCUAUGGGCAUGCAAAAGAAGCCUAUCAAACCAAUCAAAAAGAAAAGCAGAUGGAAAUUACUAACACUAGCCAUGUUAUUGAAGAACAAUCAAAUUUUAAAAAUAGCAAAGAAAACCCUUUUGGCCCUUGGAUGGUUGUUCAACCAAGAGGAAGAAGAAGUAGAUAUCAAAGAACUCAAAUUAAAAACAAAGAAUUAGAAGGAACACCAAAACAAGGAUCUAGAUUUGCUCCACUCUAA